AUCCGGGCGCCGCCGGCGUGGAGCGUGUGGAAGACGCCUCAGAAAAACACAGGAAGUGGGCCCUACGGCAGCUGCGUUGGGACAGAAAGAGUCUUGUUUCAGCGCCGGCAGGGCGGUGGGGAAUGAAUGGGCGCUGAGCUGAGGGCGCGCCGGCUCUGGGACUGGCCAGAGGUGGGCAGGCAGCCACAGCAUGGAGGACGACGCGCCCGUGAUUUACGGGCUGGAGUUCCAGGCACGUGCCCUCAGCCCGCAGACCGCGGAGACGGACGCCAUCCGGUUCCUGGUCGGGACGCAGUCUCUCAAGUACGACAAUCAGAUCCACAUCAUCGAUUUCGACGACGAAAACAACAUCAUAAACAAAAACGUCCUCCUCCACCAGGUGGGCGAGAUCUGGCACAUCAGCGCGAGCCCCGCGGACAAGGGCGUGCUGGCCACCUGCUACAGUAAGACUGCAGACAGCAGAGUCCUGCGGUGCGCCGCCGUGUGGAGGAUGCCCGAGGAGUCGGAGCCUGGCAGCCACGAGUCCCCCGACGACGCGGCAAGCACUGCGCAUGCCCUGGAGCUGCUCUGUGACCUUGAUCACGCGGUGCACGGGAGCACGGCCUGCGUCGAGUGGGAGCCCACGGGAGACGGGAGCAGAGUCUUGUCGCUGGUGGACAACCACGUCCUGCUGUGGGACCUGCAGGGGAGCUCCUGCCGGGCCGUGCUGGCCAGCUCAGCCUCACUGGAGGGCAAAGGGCAGCUGAAGUUCACCUCGGGGCGGUGGAGCCCACACCACAACUGCACCCAGGUGGCCACCGCGAACGACACGGCGGUCCGAGGCUGGGACCUGCGGAGCAUGAGCCAGAUCUACUGCAUCGAGAACGCCCACGGGCAGCUGGUGCGGGACCUGGACUUCAACCCCAACAAGCAGUACUACCUGGCCAGCUGCGGGGACGACUGCAAGGUGAAGUUCUGGGACACGCGCAGUGUCGCCGAGCCCGUGAAGACCCUGGAGGAGCACUCCCACUGGGUGUGGAAUGUGCGCUAUAACCACUCACACGACCAGCUCGUCCUCACGGGCAGCAGCGACAGCCGGGUCAUCCUCUCCAACAUGGUGUCCAUCUCGUCCGAGCCCUUUGGCCACCUGGUGGAUGACGACGACCUGAGUGACCAGGAGGAGCGCCGUCUGGAGGACAGGAGUCAGGAGCCCCCGCAGGACGGCGCCAUCGCCACCUACGAGGAGCACGAAGACAGCGUGUACGCCGUGGACUGGUCCUCGGCUGACCCCUGGCUCUUCGCCUCCCUGAGCUACGACGGGAGGCUGGUGAUCAACCGGGUGCCGCGGGCGCUGAAGUACCACAUCCUGCUCUGACCCUGCGCUGGCAGUGGGGAGAUGACCCUGCGCUCGCAGUGGGGAGAACACUGGCACCGGCCGCCGUGCAGCGGGCCGCGGCCGCCACGUGAACCCGAGAGCCCCGCCUCCACUCACUUUCCCUUUCCUCUGUUAGGGGCCCUGGGGGUUUGUUUCAUGUGAAAAAAACUUGUUUCCAUAACAUUAACUCAUCUGUCUCCUGGGGUUGGAACUGAAAUAAAACAGCGAGGCCGUCGUGCCA